AUGGCGCCGAAAGCUAAGAAGGAAGCUCCUGCCCCUCCGAAAGCUGAAGCCAAAGCAAAACCUUUGAAAGCCAAGAAAGCAGUGUUGAAGAGUGUCCACAGUCAUAAAAAGAAGAUCCGCACGUCACCUACCUUCCGGCGACCCAAGACAUUGCGGCUCCGGAGGCAGCCCAAGUAUCCUCGGAAGAGCACCCCCAGGAGAAACAAGCUUGACCACUAUGCCAUCAUCAAAUUCCCUCUGACCACCAAGUCAGCCAUGAAGAAGACUGAAGACAACAACACACUUGUGUUUAUUGUGGAUGUCAAGGCAAACAAACACCAGAUCAAACAAGCUAUUAAGAAGCUCUAUGACAUUGAUGUGGCCAAGGUUAACACCCUGAUCAGGCCUAAUGGAGAGAAAAAGGCAUAUGUUCGACUGGCUCCUGAUUAUGAUGCAUUGGACGUCGCCAACAAAAUUGGGAUCAUCUAA